UAUAAAGAGUUAUCUAUUUAGUUAUAUGUAAAUCACAUAUGUAGGUGAAUAUAUAAAUGGUAAAAAAUGUGGGUUAUGGGAUGUUUUUGAAUAGAAUAUAUUUACGUAAACAUCUAAAUAAUAUAUACUAUUAGUGGAGGUGGGUUGUAUGAUGCAAAUGGCUUAAAACAUAGAAAAUGGAUAGAUUUGAGUGAUAAUUUUAAGGAGUAAUAUUAAUUUAAUAUUAGUUACAUUCAUAUUGUAUAUAUUGGAGAAUACAUAAAUGGAAAAAAGUGUGGUAUGUGGGAAACUCUUUUCAGAUAUGACAAAGAAAACAAUUUUGAAAAAAUGUAAAAUAUCAAUAUUUUUUUAUACAAUUAAAGUUUCUCUGGAUAAUUUAAUGAUUAAGGUUAGAAGAAUGGGAAAUGGAUAGAGUUAAGUGAUAAUUUUGAUUAGUAAUUAUAUUCUUAUUUAAAUUUAGUACUUGUCAAGUUAUUUAUUAAGGAAAAUAUCAAAAUGGUAUAUAAAUUGAUAGAUGGGAUUCUAUGUAUAGGCUAGACGAUGACAGAGGCUUUAUUUAUAUGUAUACUAUAGAAAUGAUAAAUAAUAUAGUGGCGAAGGGUUCUUUGAUGAAAAAGGCUAAAAGUAUGGGAAGUGGAUAGAAUUAUGGGAUAAUUUUAAAGAGUAAAGCAUUAGUUAAUCGUAAUUUAAGCGAAAGUUAGGUUAUUUUUAAAGGAGAAUAUAAUAAUAAUAAAAAGUUUGGUCAUUGGUAAACUAUGUUUAGAUAUUCAUGUAACAAUAGUUUUGAAAUAAUGUAAUAAAUUUAUUCAGAUAAUAAUAUGAAAUAGUGGUGGGGGUCAUUAUAAUAAUGAUGGAUUAAAAUAGGGAAGAUGGAUAGAUUUGAGUGAAUGUUUUUCUUUGUAAGUUUCUAAAGAUUUUUAAUUUAUUAGGGAUCAUCAAGUUAUUAGACAAGGAGAAUAUAAAUUUGGUAAAAAAUGCAAUUGUUGGGUUGUAAUGAAAAGAGAAAGGGAGAAGAAAAAUGAUGUAUUUUAAAUAAUGGAUAGCAAAAAUUAAUAAAUUUAUAGUGAUUAGAAUUAUUGAAUCAUUUUAUAAUUUUAUUAAGAUUAAUAAUUAUUUGAAUAUGCUGAGUUGAGUCUAGCAUGUAAAACUAUUCAAUAAGCAGUUAAAUAUCU